GCUGGAAAAGGCUGAUCCUCUGACAACUGGAAUCGCCUCCGCGGAGCGGAGCGUUGGGGUGGCUGUUCCGCCUGUGGAGCGUCCGGAGGCGCACGGCAGGCGCUCGCAGGGUGCCGCCGGCCGAGGGGAGCGGCAGCGUGCGCUGACACAAACAGAACCGGCCAAGUCGCCUCAGGAGAAGCCGCCGGGACCCGCGGAGGCGCCGCGGCCUCCGCCCUACGCCGCACCUUCGCCCCCGCGAGCCGGACCCGAGCAGCGGCCGCGGGGCUUCGCGGACCUGCCCGAGGCGUCCGGCGGAAGGAGCGUCCGGCGGAAGGAGACUUCUCCUCACGGGCCGGCCCCGGCACCCGCGCGCCGCGGAGGGAUCGGCGGGCGCGGGGCAGAUGCCAGCGCGGGGCGGCGCUCGCCGCCAUUUCCGGCCGGCGGGCCGAGGCUGAGCUGCCGCCAUGCCGAUGAAGGGCCGGUUCCCCAUCAGGCGGACGCUGCAGUAUCUCAGCCAGGGCGACAUCAUCUUCAAGAGCUCGGUGAAGGUGAUGACGGUGAACUACAACACGGCGGGGGAGCUGAGCGAGGGGGCGAGAUCCAGUACAAGAACCCCUGGGUGCAGAUCAUGCUCUUCAGGAACAUGACCCCCUCGCCCUUCCUCCGCUUCUACCUGGACAGUGGAGAACAAGUUUUAGUUGACGUGGAAGAUAAAACCAACAAAGAAAUAACUGAGCACGUUAAAAAAAUCUUGGGGAAAAGCAAAGAAACACUCGAAAAAGAGGAAAAAGAAAGGAAAAAACUGUCACAUCCAGCAACUUUUGGGCCUAAGAAGUAUCACCUGCGAGAAUGCAUGUGUGAAAUUGAAGGCCAAGUUCCCUGCCCUGCUUUUGUGCCACUGCCCAAAGAGAUGAGGGGAAAAUACAAAGCCGCUAUGAAAAAUGAAGCAUCUGCCUGACAUCUCACAUCAUGCAGCUGUUUUUCCUCAGGGCCAGAUCAUCAGGUACUUCAGUGAGACACAAGAGUUCACAGCUCCUGGAAACAGGAACAAGCAGGUUCAUAUAAUACAGAAAACUUUAUCUCAUAAAUUAUUCUAGCUGUAAGAAGACUUCAGUGAAAAAAUAAAGAAAAGUUAAAAACA